UAAAGCUCCCGUCUGAUGUCAAUUCCAAAGAUUUCUGUAAAGAUUGACUCUCAAUUAGCAACUCAGUCAAUUAAUUUUGAAAACCAUAUCUAUCACUCAUACAACUCAUAUUUGUAGCUGAGGUCAUAAAGUGACAACACUCCACUCAACUGCAUCAAACCCUAUCAAAUCUCGCCAAGACCGCUGACAAAAGCAUCGUCGCAUCUCACUCCAUCUCAAUGCUUCACAGGAUUCAACACGGGCACGACGCCCAUCACGAUCACUACAUGCGCAACUCAACUGAAGCUCUCGAACAAGCCCGAGGCGAUGGCAAGCGCCAUAUCCUCCUCGCCGCCUCUGGCUCUGUUGCGACAAUUAAGCUCGUUCAAAUUAUAAAUGGUCUCAAAUCACAACACAACAUCUCCAUCCGUCUCAUCCUCACUCAUUCUGCAUCGGAAUUCCUCUCUGGUCAAAGCCUUGAACAACCAACCGUGGAUCAAAUUUCUCGUCUUCCGAAUGUCGAUGCUGUUUACACAGAUGCGCAUGAGUGGGCGCAGCCUUGGAAACGUAAUGCGCCGAUUUUGCAUAUUGAGCUACGACGCUGGGCGGAUGUCUUGGUCAUUUCACCGUUGAGCGCGAAUACUAUGGCUAAAAUUGUCAACGGCAUGUGCGAUAAUCUCUUGACGUCUGUUGUUCGAGCUUGGGAUGUUUCGGGGACUGUUGAUGGGGCUAAGAAGAAGAUUCUUGUCGCGCCGUCGAUGAACACUUGUAUGUGGAAUCAUCCUAUCACAGCGAGACAGCUUCGAGUUUUGGAGGAGGAAUGGGGUGGGGAGAAUGGUUGGUUUGAGGUUUUGAGACCGAUAUCGAAGAAUUUGGCUUGUGGUGAUGUUGGGAAUGGUGCCAUGAUUACUUGGGAGAGUAUUGUGGAGGCAAUUGAGAAGAAGAUCAAGGCUUAGGGAAAGAGAUGAGCACUAAAAGAAAACCGACGGAAUUGAGUUAUUUUCAGCGAGUCUGGAGGAAGUCUGCUGGUCGCGAUAUGGCGUUUGAGGACUGGGGGACAAAAUGCACGACAGAGCCGUAGGGUAAUUUGGUGAUGGAAUUCAUACCACAACAGGAGGGGCAUUUCUAAGGCACAGGCAUACAUGAACCACUAUCAAUAUGAUUCUGAAUAAAAAUUUAAAAGAUUGA